CACAUAUUCUCUCUCACAAAAAAAUUGAAGGAUCUAUCCAUGAUUAAAGCACGAAUAUUUUUGUCUAAAAAACAAGGUAGUUAAUUUCCUCAAUAUUCUACACUAGAAAUAUAUUUUAAUAAAAAAAAAAAAAAAAAACAGGGUUAAUUACUGGACGCGGCUGGGCUUCUUCUCGGGCCUAGUUGGGCUUUUGUUUAGAACUGUAAUGAAAAAAUACAACAGAAUGAACAAAGAGCAAAAAUACCUUGGUUGCUUGGAGUUGGAGAAGCCGGAAGUAGUUUCCUUGGUUCAUUUCAUCUAUCACAACAUCAUCCAAUCGAAUCCAAUCCAAUCGAGAAUUUUGAUCUCAAAAUAGUGAGAGUAGAGGAAGUUUGGCUGCAAAAUGGAUUUGUCACCAAUAACUGCAGCAUUGGCAUCGAAAUUGUACGACAAAGUUGCUGAUAUCUGCGAUAAUCUCAUGCUUCAGGUUGCAGCCGACGGUGUUGCUUUUCAAGACGACUGGCCCUACGCCAUUCAUCUUCUCUCUCACUUUUAUGUUCAUGACAUCAACAGUGCUCGCUUUCUAUGGAAAUCGAUUCCUUCUUCAAUCAAAGAAACCCAACCCGAAGUCACUGCUGUGUGGAAAAUUGGUCAACAGCUUUGGUUACGGAACUAUUCCGGAGUACAUGAGGCGAUCCGUGGGUUUGAAUGGAGUCAGGAACUCCAGGGAUUUGUUGCUGCUUUCUCAGAACUUUACACAAAGGAGAUGUUUCAGUUGCUUGUAAAUGCUUAUUCUACGAUAAGCGUUGAAGAUGCUGCUUUAUUUCUCGGAAUGAGUGAGGAUGAUGCUACAAGUUAUGUACUACAGCAAGGUUGGACUGUGGACUAUGCGUCUCGGAUGCUUACUGUGAAGAAGCAACCUGUUGUGACAGAGCAGAAACUAGAUCCUCGUAAAUUGCAACAGCUGACAGAAUAUGUCUUCCAUCUUGAGCACUGAAGCUUUUAAUCUUGUGAAGGAAUUAGAUGAUUGUUUUCUAAACUCUUACUCUUAUUGAUCAAUCAUUUGUGCUACGAUCUUGGAGGUGUAUAUGAUGUUGAUAGUUUUGGAUAACUAGGCAGAAUUUCUUGUGAGCACUGGUUAGGUGAAUUUUGAAUCGCAAUUGCUCACAGUAGCUAUUGAAUGUCUUUUUUUUGUAUGAUAAUGAUACAGUAAAAAAUUUCCAAACUAGAUAUGCUUUAGAGAAAUCCAGCGUAAUCCAAGUAUCUUGAAUUU